UUAAUAAUGUUACUAAUCAUUCUGCAGCUUUACAUAUAUUCCUUAUUCCGAAGUAAAGCGACAAAUUGUGCGUUAAGCCGACAACAAUUAUAAUCGCGAUUCAUAUAUUUUUGGCCUUUUUGGUCGUCUGCCUACCCGUACAUUAAUUGGUGGAUGCCUGGUGACGUCUGGUCGGGGGGUGUUUGAGGUGGUAGGGUAAUUUGCUAGAUGUUUGUCGCAGACGUUCCAUUUUGAGAUAUAAAUUCGUUUAUACUUCAGUGUUGUGCUAAAGUAUUUGUUUGGCUAGAUUGUAUUCCGGUUUACCAGGUAGUCGCGGCUGUUUCUGAAAAACGUCGUGUUGUGUAUAAAUGCUAUGUCCAUCCUGGUUGAUUCUUUGCCAGCUAAAUAAUUAUAAGUAAAAUAUAACCACUUACCUUGGUAAAGAAAUUGAGCAAAACAGUGUUGACCAAUUUGCCUAGCUAAGUACGGGAUUAUAUGCAGUUGAAAUGUAUAGAAUACGUGCACAAACUAUUUGAACUAACUUGUAAUAUACUGUGUGUUCCAAGUACGGUAAUGCAACUAGCGUUUAACCGCAAGGCAAAAACUAGCCUGUAUUUUGCGUCCGACUUAUUUUGUCAUUAUUUUGCUACGGAAUAAAUACUAGGUCGGAGAUGUUGCACAUAAAAUGUAACUUCUUAUGACCGACCCCCCGAUUCUGUACAUGUGGCUAAACGGACAAAUGUCUGAUUCGCUUUACAUAUGAACUGUUGUUCUAUCGACCAAUGGUACCUAUCGAAACGUGCCAUCGAGCCUUUAUGCGCAUGUGCAGUCCCACCGUUUUGGGAUUAGGGUUAGGUUUUAGGGGUUAGGGCUUUAGGGGUUUUUUUGGGUUAUGGCUAGGGCUAUCGAUUAGGACUACGGUAGCCUAACUCGACAAAGUAGCUCAACUUGUCAGAACACCGUUACUAAGAUUUAUCUUCGGUUGCAGUUCUGUGUCAUCCCUGAUCGGGGUCUCCAGUCAUGAAGCCACCCUCCCGUCGGCGAGAAAUACCGCAGCGUUUCAUGCGGCAACAGCCUGAGCGCCUCAAAGUUCGUGGUGACUGGUGUGGAUGGAGUCGGGCCGAGAGGCGUCGGCUGAUGAUUGAACUGAGAAAGCAGUCCUGCAAGCCUGAAUUAGACAUUAAUAUCCUGAAGGAGAAACUCCCCAAGCGGUCUACGAUAGAGAUCACCAGCUUCCUGCAAAAACUGAAGAGUCGUGUUGGGAAGAUGGUGGCAACCUAUGUUCAACGCCAGCUACGGGAGGAGCGGUUGGCCCGGGUACCUACACAGGUGUGGGAGAAGCUUGCGCAGGACAUGGCUGGCUCAAUGGAAGAGGCCAUCUCUUCCGCUUUCUCUCAGAUGUUGGUGAUUGGAGCCACAGAGCCUUGCAGCCUCUUACAUUCCUUACCUCCUUGUUCCCUCGACUCCUCUGAGCCCUCAAGUUCUGGUGUGCGUACCAUUACCCGGAAAUCUUUGUCCAGAUCUGCUUCCCCAAAGGCAGUCAGCCCAAGCCUUAAGAGCCCCGCUCAGGGGAAGCCGUGCUCCUCCUCCACCGAUCAGCAGCCUGAACCAGCUCAGCAGGCAUUCCUGAGCCAUUUCCGCAAGUCGGAACACACUGUGAAUUUUGAAAACAUUUAUCGUUUUUUAAAUGCGCUCAGCAAGAAGGCGAAAGAGCCCACUCUCACUGCUAUGGAGAGUGGAGUGGUAUUAGACCUGCUGUUAUCCUUGCCAGAAGAGCUCCCUCUGCUUGACUGCCAGGAACUGCAGCAUCAUCUGUGCCAGAUACAUGCACAGCUCAAUGCAACUGCAGAGGAGCCACAUCCCUGCGGCAGACAGGGCUCUAAUCCAAUCAGUUCAUCUGUUGUUCACAUGCCCCCUUCAGAGAAAGAUGUACAAACAGAGGACAAUUCUACCAAUAAGCAACAUGGACAAACUGAUGUGUCAGAAUCUUCAAAUACCUCAGCCUCUGAGUUGGUUGGUGAUAGAGCCUGCUGUUCCCAUGGGGAUGAAGAUGCUGGCCAUUCAUUGAAGAACUCUCUAAAUCAAACCAAUCAAAAGGAGGAUGAAAAAGACAGAGCUGCAAAAGGAAGCCCAGGACAACAAAGAGAUACUUUGGCUAAUGCUGGCACCAUGACAAUGCAGAUCCAGACAGAAUCCAACCAAAAUGCCCCUACAUCACCUCCAAGCCCUAGGACAGACAAAGCCAACUGGGCAAAUGUGGGACACUGCCCAAUGAACCCCUUCAUGAUUCCUCUUAAGCUACUGGCACGGUCUGCAACUCCACUUAUGGAAGAUGGCCCUUAGCUCCAGUUUUCAUGGAUUAUAAACUAACAUGCCAGCCAGAUGUCUGUCAGACUAAUUGAGUAUUGAAUUCCAGUCAAGUAUGAAGGACUUUUUCCUCUUCUAGGCAUUCACGAUAUUUGGUUGUUGAGCUAUUGUGUUUAUUUUUUUAUGAAUAUUAAAGAUCAUUUUAAUGUGAAAA